UAAGCCGUACACUGAGAAAUAGUUAUCACCGAGAUGUGGCGUCGAUAUUUGUUGUGGUUUGCUCAUGAACAUGUUGACUUCCGACAUGCUGAGAUGCAAAGUAUUCUGUCAAUGUUUGAUAUACCCAUAAAAUUUAUAGAAAAUCCGUGCAUCAACAAACCGUAUUGGAUAGUGGAGUUACCAUCAGAAGAAUGGGCGAGAAAGAUUGCUUCUAGGUCUGUACUGUUAAAAAACUGCAUAGAACUGUGGGCUCGAGCUAAGACUGAGUCUCAGCUUCAUAUUAACUUGAAGAAUGCAUUAUUAAACAAGACAAAUAAGUGGAUAAUACCUGAAAGUAAUGGUAAUCUUAGUAGUGAUUGUGAUUUAUGUCCGAAUGAUUUAAUACAAACAUGCUGUUCUGUUGACAAAUCUUACAAAGUUGUUGUUGAAACAUUUUGCAAACAUUUCACUAUGAAGGAGAAAGUAGAGAAAAUUGAGAAAUUUAGUUACUUACCUUUGGAGGGCCCUGUGAAGCUCAAAAACCCUGAUGUGACUCUUUCCUAUUUGGAGUUCUAUGGAAUAGACCCUAACAAUGUGCCCGAGAAACCUUAUGAUCUCUUCUUUGGUAAAUGGGUUGCCGAUGGUCAACGUGACCUAAUUCAAAUACACUCCUUGAAGAAGCGACAGUUCAUCGGAAACACAAGUAUGGACGCGCAACUAUCGUUGAUAAUGGCCAACCAAGCCCAAGUGAACUGUGGAGAUAUAGUACUGGACCCGUUUGUUGGUUCGGGGUCAUUGCUUGUUGCUGCUGCACAUUUUGGAGGUUAUGUAUGGGGGACUGAUAUCGAUUUCCUGAUGCUCCACGGGCGUACACGGCCCACACGAGUAGGACAAAAGGCGCGUACAAAAGAAGAGAGCAUACGCAAUAACAUGAGGCAGUAUGAUAUUCAAUCAAAGUACCUGGAUGUCGUGGUCAGUGAUUUCUCACUAUCUAUGUGGAAGAAAAACGCAGUUUUCGACGCUAUUAUUACUGAUCCCCCAUACGGUGUCCGAGAACCAAUGGAAAAGAUAGGCAUAGAUCGGGAGAACUACACUCUCACAGAAGAGCACCUCGCCAACCACGUACCGUCCAAGAUUGAUUAUGGCCUGACAAAUCUCUACACCGACCUUUUGUCUUUCGCCGCCCGCCAUUUGAACAUUGGAAGACGACUUAUUACUUGGUAUCCCUUAGUUAGAGAAGAAUACAAAGAGGAACACCUUCCCUCGCAUCCGUGUCUACGUCUGAUAGCUAACUCCGAGCAAGUGUUGUCGAAGCUCACUGCGCGACGGCUCCUCACGUACGAAAAGAUCAACGCUGAUGUUUCGCACGUGCCUAUCGAACCACACGCUCACACACAUAAUUUUAGAGAAAAGUUAUUUGCAAUGGGAGAAAUUACAAGGAAGGAGCGAAAGGAAAAGCGAGCGGAAGAAAUGGCCAACGAACAGGCCAGAGCGUUGAGGAAAAUUGACGUAACUUGAUCGUUCUGAACAUUCACUAUAUAGAGUACAAAUAUAAUUAA